GAAGCAGAUGGUGAUAUGGAAGGAGAAUUUUUGGAUUUAAAUAAAGAAUUGAAACGUGUUAAGUUUCCAUUAACUGAUGAGAAUGGUGAUGACUUAAAAGUAGAAAAGGUAAUGUAAUAGAAAAUAGUUUAGAUUGCCGUAGUAGCAUAGCUCAAUAUUGAUUAGUCCACGGGAUCAGAAAUCCCUUUUAAAGGAUGUAUUUAAACUUACUGUAAAGGCUACAAAAGUAGUUGAGAAAUCUAAUUAACAUUUUUUUUUUUUUUGAUUUCAUUAAAUAUCAAACUUAAGACAUGAAUUAAUCGAGCUAAAUUCAAGAACAUAGUUCAAAAUGCUGUAGAAAACUUUACAUAAUAAGUCUAUGGUAAGUUUCAAAUAUUUGCAGUACUCAUAAAUAAUUUAAAAGAAUACUCCACAUGCAAAUGGAAAAAAAAUAUCAAUUUGAAUUUAUAGUUGUGAUUUUUUAAAACUGAACAAUUGAAAAUACUUUUUUUGAAAUAUCUUUUCAAACCCUUGCGAUCUAGAUCUCUAGUAGAUUUAAAUAUAUAUAUAUGCCGCAGCUAAAGAAUAUAUAAUACCAGAAACUAUAUAUGUAGUUUCUGGUAUUAUAUAUUCUUUAGCUGCGGCAACGCAACCAUUUAGCGCGUGUAAAAUACGGCAAGACGUGCAUGAUGUAAAAUAAUAAUACCUGAUGGCGUGCCAUCUAUCCACUAACACUUAGUUGUAUUGAUUCUAUGUAUCGUGGGUGCAGUGACGGAUACUGAUACUGUUUUCUUGGGGUAUUGACGGUUAGUAUUGACAUUUAAGUAGGGUUUUUCAUUGUACUGACACUAUACUACUUUUGAAAUGUUUUCUUUUCUGUGCGUUUGGUGCCUACGUGAUAAAAUGCAGGACGGGGGAAGCAGCGAAUCAGACCGUAUCACUAUGCGCAAUAACAGCUGGGCGGACAAGAUAUAUUAUUAUAGAUAUUUGUUCUUUUUUGAGCUAUAUUAACGCUAAGACGGAUACAUUUUCUAGGACUACAAUCACAUUCGCUUAUGCUUUAAUAUAAAAAAACAAAUGAGUAAAACAAAUAAAGGACCAGGAGGGGGUAGUCUUGAAUAAUGGCAUGAUAUCAAAUUGAUUGUACUGGUUAUAUUUUCUCACUGGUUACCUUUAUAAAUACAAAAAGUUUGAUUCUUAAACCCUUUUCUCUUUAGGUUCUUGAAAAGAUCUGUCGCAAUCGUAAUAUAAACAUUGCAAAUUUUCGGGCCUACAAACUGAUUGGUAGUCUUAGCUCAGGGGAAACAACUGAAUUUAAGAAUGACCACCUCAUCACAGAAUACUCUGAUUAUUACACUAAAGGAUUUAUUUCUAUAAUUCCUCUCAGUAAGUAAGAAUUUUUACGUGUUAAGGUUAACCGAUUUCAAACAACAAAUCUGGAGCAGAGUUAUGGCAUCUGUGUCUGUUUUCAGGCUGUUUAUCGUUAAUCCUUAUUGAGCAUCUUCAGAAAUCUGAAGUGUAUUCCUUGGCCUGGAUCAUAUGAGAACACCAGACUAAAAUCAACUUGGAAAAAAUACGAUGAAAAACAUUCACCAAGGAGCUUUUCAAAAAUACACAAUGAGAGAAGAAAUGUACUACUGUACCCAAAACGCUUUUCAUCAAUUCUUAUGCUUAAGCCUCAGCUCCAUAAUGUUGAUUUAAGCUUCUUUAGCACUAUUCAAUGUCGUACUAUUCAAAAUAUCAAACAACCUGGAAUUUAUAUCAACAUAACAACCUGGUAUAGGUUGGUCGUAGCAUUAUGAAGCAUUUUCAAACAAUCGCAAAUUACUUAUAACAGAUUAUCAUCUAGCAUGACACCUUUUGAAAUACCGACAUGUUUGCAAUAUAGCUCAGGUAGAGUUAACUUUGACAGAAAAGUUGAGAUGAUAGCGAAUUAAUUUCAUCGACUUAAAAACAACCCAAAUAUUAAUAAUUAGAUGUGUAUGUCUGCAUGGCUGUGAUGCUGAGUUCAAUGGGCGCGCAAAAAAUAAAAUUAAGAGAAGUUAGCAGUAUCACGUGCGUUACUUAAAUGCAUGUUUGGCACGUAACUUUAGUAGAUGGCAAGUUUAAGUACUGCUACCGCCAUUAUUUUAUGGGACAUAUUUGCAUUCGUUCUGUCCCGCAUGGACUACUGCAAUGCUCUUAUGGUGGGCCUUCCCGCUACGCUCCUGGAUAACAUUCAAAAAGCACAGAAAUAUGCGGCUCGCAUUGUUCUUCGGAAAUGCAAAUUUGACAAUGCAAAAAGACUUCUGAGAGGGUUGCAUUGGCUGCCGGUCCGCGCUCGCAUAGAGUACAAAAUUGCAACUCUAUACUACCGCUGCUUACAUCAGCUGGCACCAUCCAAUCUCAAAGCGCUACUGACGCCUUAUUUACCCACAAGACAACGCCGUUCAUCUGAUCGUGGCAAACUCUUGAUAUCCCGUGUUCGCCUUGAGACUUACGAGGGGUGCACGUUCGCAUUUGCAGGCCCAACAAGUUGGAACACCCUUCCUGUCGCUAUCAGAAACAGCCAGACACUGGAGUCUAUCAAAACUAAUUUGAAGACGUAUCUAAUUCGCAAACACCUGCUGGGGUGAUUUUGUCUAUCUAGCUAUUAUCUUUUAGAUGUAUAUUGGCCUGUGUUGUUUAUGGUUGCAAAGUAUGAAAUGCUUAGAAUGGGCAUUCUUGUAUGUAGUUUUUGUAAUGUUGUAUUUUGUACUUCAAUGUGGUAUGUACCACGCUUUGAGCCUUUGGGGAUGAAGCGUGACUUUCAAAUAAUCUUUAUUAUUAUUGUUAGUAUCUGGUAAAGAAGUAAGGUAUUUUGUUACAGGUCAACACGUAAGGUAUCUGUUUGUCUCCCCAAGGUUCACAAACAAAGUCAAAUACCUUGUAAAAAGCACUUGCCUUUCGAGAUUCAAAUACUUUUGCGUGAGGCAGCGAACGCUCAGAUAUUUAUCAUUCUCAAAACCAAACUUAUUGACAAGUUAGACGAAUUUAAUUCAUGAGCUUAUAUUUAUUAUAUAACACUGUAGUACACUUCAGCAGCGUUUCUCAAACUGAGUUACAUGUACCACUUAUGAUAUUGUUACAUAUGGUGCACAGAGCUUAGAUCAAAUGGAUACGUUCUCAGAUUUAACAGCGCAUUUCUAAAUAAGUAAGACACUUGUAUUUGUAGAAGUUACUUGUUGAUGUUUCUUGCAAAAAAUUAUAACUGAAUUAAAUCCUUGUAUUAAUAUGCAGAUUAACAUUUUGUUUGAUUUAAUAUACAAAUGUACACGUUUUUUUUUUCUAAAGCUUUGUUUUGGUAUUCCGUGUGUUCAAUUAUUUCAUGAUACUAUUUUUAUUUUUGUAUAACAGAUUUAGAAGAAAACCAGGUCAAUGUAAAGAUUAAAUUCCCUCAAUCCGACGAAAUCAAAUUGGUUGUAUGGGAUUUAAAAAAUGGAGAAGGACGUACCUUGAAAGUGAAAGAGGUGAUGUGUGACAUUAAGAGCAUAAAUUAUACGAGUCUAUUACAACAUAUUGAAAUUAAGGCUUGAAUCUAAAUUUUCAAUAUAACAACAUGUUGUAUGAUACAGCCUUAUGCACAACAAAUAAGGCUACGUUGAAUAAAGAAACGGUGGUAAAUAGUUUCGAAAGCUAAUUACAUUUGUUCAUGAUGCAUGCAACUAAUGCUCAUUUUACGUUAAAACCUACGAGAUAAAAGUUAUUGCUUUGAUUUGAAAUGCUUACAAUUUUUGUUCUUUGAGUAACACAUUGAAAAGAAAAUUGAUAAAAUGAGUUUUAUUAAAGGAAAGUACUAAUGAAAUGAUAGUUAGUAAUGAUAUAACUUCAUUUAUCCUGGCGUGUUUUAAUAACAUAGAACAACAAUAUGCAUAUGAAAUCUAUCAAUAAACCGUAUCAAAACAUGAUCUAUAAUUAUGUUUCAUCUGUACAGGUCAAAACUCAUCAAAUAAGCCGACAAGAUUUACCCAACCCUGACUUCUUUAAAAUGAUCGGAACCAUCAUGGAAACUGCUACCGAGAUGUCUGACGAAAGGAAUAUAUCUGACUACAAACAUAUCUUGCUUUCUGGAACAGUCACAUUUGCUCCACGGGUACUUCAUUAAUGAGAACAUGACAAAGAAAACAACUCUGGGCCUUAAAAUAUUUUGGGAGAAAAAGAUAUUUUUUUCCCCACAACAGUUUUUCUUGAAAUUUAAAAUGUUCUUAGCUAGUCACACUAUAUUUUGUUUCCACUUUCAUUGUGUCAUCUCUGCUUUCUCCGGACUGAGAAACGAAACAGAUCACAUACUCGCAUAGGUUUAGUGACAGCAUGCAAAAUUAAGUUCAGUGAUGUAAUAUAUGUGACGAGCAUACACACCAUUAUAUUAAUGGAGAAUCGGAUAUACUCUGAAAUAAAAGAAAACCGACAAUCAUACAAUUUUAAAUAUUAGGUCAGUGGAUACUAGGGAGAGAAUACUGUACUAUUCUAAAGCCUAAAUCCCCCCCCCCCCUUCUACAAGGCGAGACAUUUAAGACAGCCAAAUAUGGGUAUAACCAUUUGUUAAAAACUUGAAAAAUAUCGACAAUCAUAACAUUUUAAAUAUUAGGUCAGUGGAUACUAGGGAGAGAAUACUGUACUAUUCUAAAGCCUAAAUCCCCCCCCCCCCUUCUACAAGGCGAGACAUUUAAGACAGCCAAAUAUGGGUAUAACGAUUUGUUUAAAACUUGAAAAAUAUGACACCAUUUUCAGCUUUCCCAUCGGAUAGGACCCUGACGUCAUAAUGAUCUUCCAGUCGCAUAAGGCUGCGAAAUGACAAAAUAACGGGAACACUUAUUAAUAAACUACCGUAUUUAUCGGCGUAUAACACGCACAGGCGUAUACUACGCGCCAUUCGCGCCGCUAUACGGUAUGUACUAUGGGUCCUUAACAUUAUAUCGGCGUAUUAUACGCGCACAUCAUUUGCCCCCUAUUUUCAAGGAGAAAAGUGCGUCUUAUACGGCGAUAAAUACGGUAUUUGUUUUCUUCCAUUAUUUUAUACCCGUCUCGUGUUAUCUAUAACAAUGUUAAUUUGCGAGUGUAGUCUUCUUGAUAAAUACUUAAAUAAUAACAAUAAAAAUAAAAUAAAAAAUAAUGUUUUUUUUUUAUGUUUCAGCAUGCAUUUAAUACCAGUUUUAUCAUCAUCAUUAUAUUUAAAAUAUUUUAUACAAACAUUUUUAUGUACAUUUUAAAACUAUGAAUUAUGGCAAUUCAAAUAUAACUAUAUUGUUAACUAUUUUGCUAAUUUGUUAUGGCAUGUUUAAAAUACAGAUUUGUUUCACGUAAAUACUAUUUUUAUAGACCUAGCUAUUUGUAAUUUUAUCUCUAUAUUAUUACAUCUAUUUCAUUUAAUGAUUUCUUUCUGCUGCAUUUUUUAGGUAAGUAAAGUAGUGGAUUUUGUGUGAUAUUAUUUCAAAAAUGUUAAUUUCUUUUAUACGUUGGUACAUUUACCCUUAGUGCAGUAAGCCAGAAAUGGUAGGAUUCAUAUAUAUUAUAUAUAUAUAUAUAAUGUAAUGUUGUUCGUCCGUCCAAGUCGACAAGGACCAUCGAAUCAUCCGGUUAGGGGCGGGCGGGGGGGGGGGGUUGGGGUUACGGUGGGCUCUUAGGUGGUUUGUUAGACCGAUCCUUGCUCGGAAUAUUCUAUGACACCGUGGGCGUGGGAUAGUUGCUUCAGGCGAUGACCUAAUGUUGCUCUUUCAGACAAGCCUGCGUGUCUCAGCUGUGGUUAUUCUCUUAGCUUCAUGGGAUUUAGCCCCCUUCUUGACAGCAGCUCUCCAUCUGGCUCUGUCCUGGGCUGUCUGCACCCAUUGAGUAGUGUUUAUGCUGAAGGCCUUUAGUGCCACUUUCAGUGAGUCUUUGUAACGCUUUCUUUGGCCUCCUUGGGAGCGCUUGCCUAUCGUGAGUUCUCCAAAGAAUAUUUGUUUCGGGAGCCGGUGGUCUGCCAUACGGGCUACGUGUCCCAUCCAACUAUAUAUACUAAAUUUGGCCUGUCAUGAAGUAUAUAAGCCUUCUUUACAUUUAUAAUGCUAUGCAUAAUGAAAGUUUAAUUUAUAAUUAAAUGAAUGUUUUUGUUGUACGUGAAGCAUGUUGCAAAAAUUCUGAAGUUGUAUUUUAUGUAGCCAUAAUUCAAGCUUAAUCUCUAUUUUUUUAUUAACGCUAAUAGUUUGUGUCUCAUUAAUCUUCAUAUACCUUCAAAAAAUGAAUAAAUAUUAUUUUUCAAAGGAACAUGUUAUUCUUUUAUUAUUAUAGUCUUCUGGUUGCUAAAAAAAACGAAAAAAACAAGAAUAACAAAAAAAAAACAACAAAAAGUCAAACAAAAACCAAACUAAAUAAGUAAUUUUCUAAAUGUGGGAAAGAAAUACUUUGGGUCCAUCUUUCAUUGCGUAUAUUAAUAUGUAUUUUGAUAUUUGGUUCUAGAAGCUCGAAUUUGUGUAUUCACCGGGGUUUUCCCAGAAAACAAAAAUUAAUCACAGGAUAAAAGCGUGUUAUUUUUAGAAUCGGAAAUUUUGACUUCACCAAGAGCAACACACAUUUGAUAUCACAAGUGACAAGUUUUAACGGUAGGCCCAUAUUUAACUUUAAAUAAUUAUUAAUCAUCACAUUAAUAGUAACUAUUUAUUAAAUGAUUCAAAAAACUAAAUAUUAAGAACGUAAUUUUGGUGUAGACGACUUAUAACUCGUGUGUGUUUCGACUACCCUUACAAUUACAGUCUGUGUAAGUUAAGUAGUAAGUAACAUAUUAUAAAUUUAUUUAAAUAAAUCAGUUGUUGUUUUUACAACUUAUUACAUUUGAGACCUAAGUUUAGCCUUGUCAAGAAGUACCUAUGCCUUCUUUUCUGACUCUAUUAACUCUAGGCCUAAGCAAGCUACACAGUUAUUACAACCAUACUAUAUUUAUAUAUAAUAUAUGGACUAUCGGCUUUGAUAGUCUCCAUUACUUUCAAACAUUUGUGCUCUGCAAGAGAUGGUUAGGUCCAACAAUGUUGCACUUCUUACUGUGAUGCGUAGGCUAAAAAUAUCACACACACAUAUAUAUAUAUAUAUAUUUAUAUAUAUAUGUAUUCAGAAGCACACUUCCGUUUUUAUAUAUUAAGAUUAUAAAGUUAAUGAUUUCUAAUUUUAUUCUAUUGAUUUAUUACCUUAACUCAUCCCAGAGUAAGAAAUAAACGUUACAAAAGGUUUAAAUUAAAACCAAAAUGAUUAUAAAUAUGACAUUUUAAUAAUAAAUAAUUAUUAAUUGCUGUUAUACAAUUUGAAUGACUUCAAUGUACACUAACAAUAUUAGUCAUGAUUAUAAAGGAGGGGAGAUAGGGUUGUGCUAUGAAAUAUUAAUUUGUGUCCAGCAAUGUCGCCGUCGAGUUCCGCCAUGUUGCGGUCGAGUGCAGCCAUGUUGCCGUCGAGUUCCGCCAUGUUGCCGUCGAGUUCCGCCAUGUUUCCGUCGAGUUCCGCCGUGUUUGUGUAUCUAGUUAGGGUAUUGAACGGCUUUUUUCUUUUUUCAAUUUCUUUUUACCCCACCUUUAAUCAAUUCUGACAUUUUGUCCCUUCAAACUAUCAUGUACUCUAGACCCAAGCCCCAUAGCUCCUACCCGUCUAAUAAUGUCUACACAGCCCGAAAUUACCUACACAGCACAAUAUUACCUACACAAUCCCAUAUUACCUACACAGCCCCAUAUUGUCUACAAUUCCAAUAUUACAAACACAGCCCAUAUUACCUACACAGCCCCAUAUUACCUACACAGUCCUUUAUUGUCUAGACAGUCCCAUAUUACCUACACAGUCCCAUAUUACCUACACGGUCCCAUAUUACCUACACAGCCCCAUAUUACCUACACAGCCCCAUAUUACCUACACAGCCCCAUAUUACCUACACAGCCCCAUAUUACCUACACAGCCCCAUAUUACCUACACAGCCCCAUAUUACCUACACAGUCCUUUAUUGUCUAGACAGCCCCAUAUUACCUACACAGUCCCAUAUUACCUACACAGUCCCAUAUUACCUACACAGCCCCAUAUUACCUACACAGCCCCAUAUUACUUACACAGUCCUUUAUUAUCUAGACAGACCAAUAUUACCUACACAGUCCCAUAUUACCUACACAGCCCCAUAUUACCUACACAGCCCAUAUUACCUACACAGCCCCAUAUUACCUACACAGUGCUUUAUUGUCUGGACAGUCCCAUAUUACCUACACAGUCCCAUAUUACCUACACAGCCCCAUAUUACCUACACAACCCUAUAUUACCUACACAGUCCCAUAUUGCCUACACAGCCCCAUAUUACCUACACAGCCCCAUAUUACCUACACAGCCCCAUAUUACCUACACAGCCCCAUAUUACCUACACAGCCCCAUAUUACCUACACAGCCCCAUAUUACCUACACAGCCCUUAUUGCCUACACAGUCCCAUAUUGCCUACACAGCCCCAUAUUGCCUACACAGCCCCAUAUUGCCUACACAGCCCCAUAUUGCCUACACAGCCCCAUAUUGCCUACACAGCCCCAUAUUGCCUACACAGCUCCAUAUUACCUACACAGUCCUAUAUUACCUACACAGUCCCAUAUUACCUACACAGUCCCAUAUUGCCAACACAGCCCCAUAUUACCUACACAGGCCCAUAUUACCUACACAGUCCCAUAUUUCCUUUACAGUCCCAUAUUACCUACACAGUCCUAUAUUACCAACACAGCCCCAUAUUACCUAAAAAGGCCCAUAUUACCUACACAGUCCCAUAUUACCUACACAGCCCCAUAUUACCUACAGAGCCCCAUAUUACCUACACAGCCCCAUUUUACCUACACAGUCCUUUAUUGUCUAGACAGUCCCAUACUACCUACACAGCCCCAUAUUUCCUACACAGCCCCAUAUUGCCUACACAGCCCCAUAUUGCCUACACAGCCCCAUAUUACCUACACAGCCCCAUAUUGCCUACACAGCCCCAUAUUGCCUACACAGCCCCAUAUUGCCUACACAGCCCCAUAUUUUCUACUUAAAUAUGAUUACUUUGCAUUCUACGCCAUUUCCCUAUAGCUUUCGUUAUUGUUAGUGCAUUUUAUGUGUUCCCCAAAACUUCUCGUCUUCUCUCCAAUGUGUUCAAGAGAAGCUAAAAGGUUGGACACCCCCUGCUGGAAAGUGAUCCAUUUCGAUUUCAUUGUUACUAUAAUUGUUCCUCAUCAAUGUUUACAUUUAUCAUUUGUUUUGUAUUGAUUUUUCCUCACAACGCUAACACUUAUUCUACAAGGUUUAAUAUUUCAUUUCAGAUGGCGGAGAAGGGUAAGUAACAUUUUUAGUUUCUUCUGAACCUGUUCAGUGUUAUUAUAUUAUUUUUGAAAGUGUUUAGUGUUACUAUAAAAUUUCUGAAAGUGUUUAGUGUUAUUAUAUUAGUGCCGUCAUAUGUUAGUUCAAAUAAUACGAUUGUUUAUGAUGGCAUUAAAUAGAAUGGCAACCUGGAAACAAUUUAUCGAUCUAUUUAUGUGUACAUUAUAAAAACAACAAAAAAAUAAAUAAAAAUAAAAUAAAUAAUAUUUUGGGACUAUAAAAAAAAAUAGGCAAGGAAAUAAAUCUGUCCAUUCAGUUGCGCUAAAAAUAGAGUAACCUGAAAUAACUUAAACAUUUAAAAUUCGGAUUUUUAUUACAAAUAUUUUAUAUCUGUGAAAUAUGCUUCAUAAUUUUAAAAAUCUACUGAGAAUCAAGAAAGUCUGUUUAUUUACCACUCGGUUGAGCACGUUGCAUAGCUGCAGCAAUGACAGUCUCUUGACCAAGUAAUGACAGUCUCUUGACCAAGUAAUGACAGUUUGGAGUUUAGUCAUUCGCCGUCCAUAUAAAGGGAUAACGGCCGGAUGGAAUUGACUCUUGGUCUAGUCAGUGAGGAAGUGACAUGGGCCUAUAUGAAGGACUCUUUAGUCAACAUACGAGGAUGUGACAUCUAAUAUCAUAUUGGGAGUUGGAAGAAAGUAGCAGACGUGGCAUUGUUAUAAUAAUUGGCUCGUUGCAUAAAAAAAACACUCUUUCUCUAAAUACACAUGUUCCAGAUUUAUUAUUGGACAAUAAUAAUAUUUCAAAUUAAAAGCUGAAAGGCUUUUUAAAAACAAUUCAUCAAAAUAGUGAUUGAGACUUCUUCUUUUGAGGCAUUACGUCCACUGUAUUUAAGACUAAACUUUAAAAUGCCUUCGUAAUGUUCGUAGUGUCUCUAUACACGAGGAGAAAUGGGGCAGCCUAGAAGUGGUCCUUAAAAUUGUUGUGUCUGGACAUUGCGACAUAUCCAAUUUCAUCUUAUUUCACGCGCCAAACAUGUCUUAUUACACCUUGUUUUCCUCUUAGUUGAAGUAUAAAAUGUAUAAGCAGCAUUUUAAAUGACAUGAUUUUAAAAACUGGCUAGAUCUAGUUGCAUCAUUACAAAAGUUUAUAUGUAUAGAACAUUAGUGUUACUAGAAAAUUAUCCAUAGAUAACAUCACUAUUAAGGCCUCUGUAUGACAAUAAAUAAAGGUACAGGGAUAUAAAACUGUUUGCACAUUUAAUUUCUGAAAAUUAUAUUUUAAAAGUCAGAUUAGACGGUUAAUGUUCAAAUGUUAGGGUAGAAAAUUAAAAACGUGAAAAUUCCUAUGCAUCAAAAAUGUCCACAACUGUCCAAUGUUGUAUGGUGUUGCAGAAGCUGAUGCUGAUAUGAUUGAAACAUCUGUGGUCUUCCCUGGUCAAACUGAGAAAGUGGACUUACGUUUAACUAUUUCCGACGCUAAUGGUGAUGACCUCUCUGUCAAAGAGGUGAGACUUCCAACGCGAUUUUUUUAUGUUAAACAAAAAAUAAAAUGAUUUGUUUGUGCAACUUUAGCUUUGCUUGUGAUGACUUUUAAGCACAACUUAAACAAACUUUUGAAUGUGUUCAACAAGGAUAUGAAGAUGUUAUGACUGUGUUCUAGUCGCCUAAGACAGUGUUGUCCAAGCUGUCAAGUUUGACGGACCAGUCGAUACAUUUCCCAUGUCAGCAGAGAGUGCAAGAUUUUAAAAUUAUUUCAGAUUUUCAUUUUACCCUAAUAAGUAAUACAAUAUUUGUAAAUCUAGAUUAUUAUUGUCAUAUUCAUUCCAUUUAAUACCGUUCGUUAUAUUCUUUGGUUAAAAAUGUUUAACGUUAUUUAACUUCAUUUAAUUUUAUAUCCAUGUUCUUGUCUCAUGUUUUGCGAACCAGCAACGUAAGGAAUGUAGGUCAAUCACUUUUGGAAGCAAUGGUCUGGUGUUUCAAACUGGUUCAGAAUUUAACUCUAAUACAAAAAAAACAGAGUUUCCUUAAAAUUCCAACAUAUUUAAUUUUCAUUUUAUUACAAACUGUUUAGGGGUCUUGAUAGAGAAGUUCUCAGUAACAUAAUAUAUCCAAACAAGACAUAAUACAAACAAGCUAACACUGUCACAAAGCACCCACGCUGACACUGUCACAAAGCACCCACGCUGACACUGUCACAUAGCACCCACCCUUACACUGUCACAUAGCACCCACGCUUACACUGUCAAAUAGCACCCACGCUGACACUGUCACAUAGCACCCACGCUAACACUUUCACAUAGCACCCACGCUUACACUGUCACAUAGCACCCACGCUAACACUUUCACAUAGCACCCACGCUAACACUGUCACGCUAACUAUAUAAAAAAGCUGACACUGUGACAUAACAAACAAGCUGACACUGUCACAUAAAAAACACGCUUACUCUAUCCCAUACAAAACAAGCACCACUCUACACACUUUAUAUUUAAUUAUGAUAUCUUCAAAUGACCAGUUAGCUUUCUAUUCUCUUUUUACCCCACCUGGAAACUUAACCGUCUACAAAUGUUUUCCAUUCAUCUGGAACUGGUGCUUUUUGUUUUCUAAUUGCUUCCACGUGUGUCCCAUCCUUCGUCUGUCCCAUCCUUCGUCUGUCCCAUCCUUCGUGUGUCCCAUCCUUCGUGUGUCCCAUCCUUCGUGUGUCCCAUCCUUCGUGUGUCCCAUCCUUCGUGUGUCCCAUCCUUCGUGUGUUACAUUCUUUGUGUAUCCCAUUCUUUUUGUUUCCCAUCCAUCGUGUGUCCUUUCCUUUGUGUGUCCCAUCCUUUGUGUGUCCCAUCCUUUGUGUGUCCUUUCCUUUGUGUGUCCCAUCCUUUGUGUGUCCCAUCCAUUGUGUGUCCCAUCCUUUGUGUGUCCCAUCCUUUGUGUGUCCCAUCCAUUGUGUGUCCCAUCCUUUGUGUGUCCCAUCCUUUGUGUGUCCCAUCCUUUGUGUGUCCCAUCCUUUGUGUGUCUGGCUCCUUUAUGGCCAAUCAUAGUGUCUCCAUUAAAAUUUAAUGAAAAAGAAACAGCUGAUAUUUUUAAAUUGAAAUUAGACAGUGAUGUUCAUGGUGUCUAUAUCUAAAUAGGUAAAAAAGCAGCUGUUGGCACUGCAACGCAUUGACAAUCCUGAUGACUACAUCAUGUUUGCUUCGUCAGCCACCGAGGGCACAUCGAAGCUGGAAGAUGAUGAGCACAUUACAGAGUACAUGACAUAUCUUACUAACCAGACAGGCUACUUGUUCUUUAAACCAACAUUUUACUAGUUGUAAUCAAGUUUUAAUGCAUGGUUUUUUCUUCUGUAGAAGUUAUUUUUGUUUUACCAAGCAGAACUACAGAUGAGUCAUUCUAAUAGACGUUAUACUCUGAACAAAAAGAUGCAUACUCUUUCCUCGGAAAGGAAAAUAAUCUGUUAAAUCACUUUAGCAAAGGGCAGCAUUAUUCACAAUAUUCGCCCUCAUUAAACACCUGCACCCAAAAAAAUUGUUAGUCAAUGUUCUCACCAGUAAAACAAUGUAUGGGCAUUCUAACAACAAAAUUUCCCAUCUUAAGAAUUUCGUUUAGAUAUAUUCACACGUAACAUGUUAAAUAUUUUAAUUCUGAUUUUUACCAUGUAAAAAUACUUUAAGUUGGGGUGGAGAGGUUAAGGAGAUAUCAGAUAAGUGAAAAUAGUAAUCUAUAAAUAGGGUGGAGAGGUUAAUGAGAUAUCAGAUAAGUUAAAAUAGUAAUCUAUAAAUAGGGUGGAGAGGUUAAUGAGAUAUCAGAUAAGUUAAAAUAGUAAUCUAUAAAUAGGGUGGAGAGGUUAAGGAGAUAUCAGAUAAGUGAAAAUAGUAAUCUAAAAAUAGGGUGGAGAGGUUAAGGAGAUAUCAGAUAAGUGAAAAUAGUCAUCUAUAAAUAGUCCCAGUCAUUUCUUUAAUAUAUUGACAUGUUUCCAGAACUAGGUUAUUUGACGAUUUAGUUUUCAAUAGAUUUGUUUCCAAUUCUACACACAAGGGUCUUAUUUAUGUGAUUUACAAUGUAAUGGGUGAUGCACAAUCAAAUAUAGGUUAAAAAACACAACAACAUGAUAUUAAAAUUGUAUAAAUCACUUUUGUGAUGUGUUCAGCAGUUUAGAGGACGUCCACAAGUUUAAUAACGAUUUAUGUAUUACUAGAUAUUAUAUAAGAGAAUAGGGUAGAUUGACGAUUUUAUCCCAAUGUUAGUCAUUAAAAUAGACAUUAUAUUUCCAGCCUUAAUAAUCAUUUUUUUCCCAAGUGCCUCAUAAGUCUUAAGUUUAAACUAUUGUUUUACUAUUUAACAACGGAAAUGUCCAGAAUGGAAAGGUCGAUGGCUUAUUCCUUAAACAACGAUAUUAAAAUUUUCCAAUGACUGUUUUCACCCUUUUCAAAUUGCGGUCAAAUUGUGACUUUGUAUUUUUGCAAACGUUGAGCACAAAUUACCUGGUUUUGCAUCAGCGGUUUUAUACAAAGCAAGACAUGGCUACCUCGCUAGUUCAGGGCUGAAAGGGGAAUAGCUCUUGGCAGAGGCAAAGAAUAUGGGGGCCCCUGUUUUUGUUCUUUUAAGAUUUUAGAUUUGAUCUGAAUUUUCUCAAUCAGUUUCUAUCAAUGGAGUGUUCAUUAUUAUUAAAAAGAUUACAAAGGUGUAAAUUUGACAGUUGAUAUUAAAUAUGUGUAACAUUUUUUACUUAGAAAAGUGCAAUGUAAUCUUUCCUUAUAUGUGAGAAUUGCUCUCAAAUGUGCAAUAAAAUUUUGUGCAAAGUUUUACUUGCUUAAAAAAAAGAAAAACUAUUUCAUUUGUAACAAUUUGUCUUUCCAAAAUGUCGUUUGAAUAAUCAUGAAGAUUAUUUUUGUUUUUCAAAUAAAUCAUUUAAACAUUAAGUAUUAUUUUAAUUGAUGAAAACAUUAUGUUCAACUUUUCAUUGGUAUUAAAAUUUAUUUUUAAUUUACACAAAAUUACAAAUGAGCAAAUACAAAUAUCUUGUUUACAUUACUUUUGUUAUUCGUUGAUACAAAUUUGAAAUUGGGUCUACGAACAUUAAAGAAUUCCAAUUCAGGUUUUGUUGUGUUCUUUGAUUUUGACAAGAUAGAUAACUCACUUUUUUUCCUUCCAAUCAUUAUUUUAUUCCAAAAUAACAGCAGAA